GGUAAAAAGACCAAAAAACAACGUGGCAGUCAAAGUACAGACGGUGGUAAAAAUGGAAAUUCCAACUUCCGUUGCAAAAUUCAGAGUCGUCCCUUUUCUCUAUUGACAGAUACGGACAACAAUUUCCAUUCUGCAUCCCACCGCAGGGAAUGACAUCUCCAGCAGCUAUAUACGUCUAGAGAGAGAAACUAACGGAGAGAGAGAAUUCAGAAAAUUAUUCGCAGUUUGGCGAAAUCCGUGAAUUCGUCUUCCUUCUAACCCUGGUUUCUGUAUUGCCCGGUUCUCGUGUACCAAAUCGACAUUAUGACAUCGUCGGUUCAGAGCCUCUCUGAAAAUAGUGAGGGCGAUGAGCAACAAAAUCACUCAGAAUCUAAUAUCCAGCCUUCAUCUCCGGCUAAUGGGAUGUCUCUUCCUGGUAUUCCACCAACAAUGCACUAUGCUGCACCUGCUCAACUUGGAGUUGGAAAUGUAAUGGGGCAAACAGCUUACCCAUAUCCAGAUCCUUACUACAGAAGUAUAUUUGCUCCUUAUGACACACAGCCUUAUCCAGCACAACCUUAUCCAGGCCAACCUAUGGUACACAUGCAGUUGAUGGGAAUUCAGCAAGCUGGUGUUCCUUUGCCUUCAGAAGCAGUUGAGGAGCCUGUCUUUGUCAAUGCAAAACAAUAUCACGGCAUCUUACGCCGCCGACAAUCUCGUGCUAAGGCUGAGAUGGAAAAUAAACUUGCCAAAUCUCGAAAGCCUUACUUGCACGAAUCGCGGCAUUUGCAUGCACUGAGAAGAAGUAGAGGAAAUGGGGGUCGAUUCCAAAAGAAGAAUGAUAACCAGAAAAAACAGACAGAAUCAGGUGAAAGAUCACACUCACAGGACAACAUCAAUCUAAACUCCGAAAACGAAGAUCCUAAAAAUGUACAUCCUCAAGAUAUAGCCUGAAAUGCAAGUGGAUCAUAUAUGGGAACAAGUCGACAUAUGGUCAGUGGUUAUAGAUCAGAGCACCACCCAAUAGGGCUUUAAAUUAUUAGUUUGUAUGUAUAUUAUUAUAAAGUUAUAGGUUUUUGGUAGAUUUCAGCAGAUUGUGAAUUUCGGAAUUGGAGUACUAGUUUAUACUAUCAGGCGAUGAUGUAACUUAAGCUUGGUUUCUCAUCAUGGUUGAUUUAUUUAUUUUUUCCUCCUUUUAAUAGCAAAUUAGCAAUUGAAU